AUGGGCAAAUCAGGUCGUCAAACAAGAUCGCUGUUCGGCGGUAUCCUAUCGAUCAAUCAUUUUAUGCAGAACAGGGAGCAUGUGGGGAAGAGAUUGAUGACUACCUCAAGGGUUCAGGCUCAGGUUGGUCUCGUCCAUUUUAUUGCUUCAACCUGGAAGAGCCUUCGCUAUGGACUCGGUCUCUUCUCUCAUCUCUGCGACAACUAUCGGGCAAUCUACACUAUGGAUAACACCAAGUUCCGCAUCGUUUCCGCGCAGACAGCAGAGGACAUCGCUACAGCGAGAGACCUAUUUACAGCCUACGUUGCAUGGCUAAAUAUCGACCUUGGCUUCCAAGACUUCCAGUCGGAAUUGGACUUUCUGCCCGGAAAGUAUGGCGCUCCUUACGGAGACCUUCUGCUUGCAUAUAGCAUAGAAAACAAGCCACUAGGAUGUGUUGCCGUCCGUCCUCUUGACGAUUCGAAGCAACUGUGCGAAAUGAAGCGGUUGUAUGUCUCUCCAGAAGCACGCGGUAUGGGUCUAGGCAAGGCUCUGGUGGCAGCGAUUGUGCAGCGAGCAAAGGACCUGGGAUACAAAGAGAUGAGGCUGGACACCCUCCCUUCGAGAAUGCAAGGCGCAAUCGUAUUAUAUACCCGGGUCGGCUUCGUCGAGACGCCUCCAUACUAUGAGACGCCUAUGAACGAAACCGUAUUCCUCGCACUUGACCUUACUCGAUGA